GGGCGGCCGUUCCCUUCGGCUCCCAGCUGCUCUCAGCGAGCGAUUCCGGGGCUGCCGAAGGGGAGACGCGUGUUUCUCCUCCGGGCCGGGGAACAAGGGAGUUUGUUUCAACCCGGCAGAAGCCGCUGCAAUGAUUUCCCGCAGGUGGUUCCAUCCAAAUAUCAGCGGGAUUGAAGCAGAGAAGCUGCUCCUAACCAGGGGGAUCCAUGGGAGUUUUUUGGCCCGCCCGAGUAAAAGCAACCCUGGAGAUUUCACCUUAUCGGUCAGGAGGAACGAUGAGGUGACCCACAUCAAAAUCCAAAACACGGGCGAUUAUUACGACCUCUACGGAGGGGAGAAAUUUGCCACCUUGGCGGAGCUGGUCCAGUACUACACCGAGCAGGAAGGGCUCCUCCGCGAGAAGAACAGCAAUACCAUUGAGUUACGAUUCCCACUCAAUUGCCAGGAUCCCACCUCAGAAAGAUGGUAUCAUGGCCACCUGACCGGCAAGGAAGCCGAAAAGCUCCUCACCGACAAAGCCAAACCCGGCAGCUUUUUGGUCCGCAGCAGUCAAAGCAAACCGGGCGACUUCGUCUUGUCCGUUUUGACGAACGAGGGUAAAGCCGACACGGGAGACCGGAAACCCCGCGUGACCCACAUCAUGAUCCGUUAUCAGCUGGAUGGGAAGUAUGACGUGGGCGGAGGAGAGCGAUUCGACACCUUGGCGGACUUGGUGGAGCAUUACAAGAAGAACCCCAUGGUGGAGAAGUCAGGGGUCGUGGUACACCUGAAACAGCCUUUCAACGCCACCCGGAUCAUCGCGGCCAACAUCGAGAACCGAGUCAAAGAGCUGAACAAAAUGGCCGACCAAAGCGAGAAGGCGAAGCAAGGAUUCUGGGAGGAAUUUGAGAUGUUACAACAACAGGAGUGCAAAUUUCUCUAUCCCAGGAAGGAAGGGCAGCGAGUCGAGAACAAGGCGAAAAAUCGCUACAAAAAUAUCCUUCCGUUUGACACAACCCGAGUGGCUCUCUGGAACGCCGAUCCCAGAGUGCCGAGUUCCGAUUACAUCAAUGCCAAUUAUAUUAAGAACACUCUCGAAGACGGCUGCAGCGCCGAACACUGUAAAGUCUACAUCGCCACCCAGGGCUGCCUCCAAAGCACCGUCAACGACUUCUGGACCAUGAUCUACCAGGAAAACACCCACAUCAUCGUCAUGACCACCAAGGAAGUCGAGCGAGGCAGGAACAAGUGUUUUCGCUACUGGCCGGAUCAAAACUGCACCAAGGAAUUCGGCCCCAUCGGCGUGCAGAAUAUCGGGGAGCGAGAGUGUCAGGGUUACUACAUCCGGGAGUUACAGAUCGCACGGAUAGACAGGGAAGAGCGGCCCAGAAAAAUCAAGCACUUCCAAUAUUUCAGCUGGCCUGAUCAUGGUGUCCCUAAUGAACCAGGCGGCGUCCUCAGCUUUUUGGACCAAAUCAACAAGGCUCACAGAAGUAUUCCUGAGUCGGGACCAAUUGUGGUGCAUUGCAGUGCUGGGAUAGGCCGAACGGGCACGAUCAUCGUGAUAGACAUGCUGGUGGACACCAUUCACCGACAAGGUUUGGAUUGUGACAUCGACAUCCCGAAGACGAUCCAGAUGGUACGGAGGCAGAGGUCGGGCAUGGUGCAAACAGAAGCCCAGUACAAAUUUGUCUACAUGGCUGUGCAACAGUUCAUCGCCAUGCAGCAAAAGGAGCUAGAAGAGGAACAGAGAUGUCUACGGAAGGACACGGGUUACCUAAAUAUCCGAUACUUGCCGAUGGAAAAACCCAGAGCCAAAACUCGCCCUCCUUCACCUCGGCUCCAGAUAGGAGUGGCUGACGAGGAAACGACCUCCGUCUACGAAAACCUGAGUAUCAAAACCGCCAAGGUCUCAGGGUACACUAACUCAGGAAGAUAGUAGCUAUAGAGCAGGAUUGCAGGCAGGUGGCUUAUAAAAUAGGUAGGCAAUGUGUCCCAGGUGUGUUAUUUUAUGUCUCCUGAGAUGACAAGGCCGGUGGAUCACACAUCAGCAAGCGCUGCUGCACCGUUAGGACCUUCCUCUCCAGAUACCCAGCCCUGUUUGAAAACUCGGUUCCUCCCAACUACUCCAUUUCAGGAUGAUUUUUCUUGUAGACUUAAAUAUCACUGCGCCACAUUGGGAUGGGAGGAACGAAAAAAACGGGAAAACUG